CUGCAUUCUUUUCCCCCUGCGUAGCUAGCCUUCUCGGUACAUACCAAACUCACCAUGUCUACCACCGUCACCGAAACCACCGCCCAGCCCGUCCCCGUCGUCGUGGCCGACGCCCACAUCGAUGAUGCCGCCAACGAUAAGAACUUCCAGUCCGUGGCGCGGGGAAAUCGUAGCGGCACGCUCAAGCUCCGGGGCAUCCCCACCUUCACCGACCCUGUUGCCAAGCGGCAAUGGAUGAAGGAGCACAUGGCGGCUGCGUUUCGCUACUUUGGCAAGAAGGGAUACGGAGAGGGUAUCUCGGGCCAUAUUUCCAUGAGAGACCCCAUCCUGAAGGACCACUUCUGGAUGAAUCCCUUCGCCAAGCACUUCUCCUCUAUCAAGGCGUCUGAUCUUGUACUUGUCGAUUCUGAGGGCUACGUCACCGAGGGUGGUGCCCAACUUCCCAUCAACGAGGCUGGAUUCAUGAUCCAUUCGGAAAUCCACAAGGCCCGGCCAGAUGUGAUUGCGGCUGCGCAUACGCACUCCAUCCAUGGAAAGACCUGGAGUGCGUUUGGAAAGCCGAUUGAGAUGCUUACUCAGGAUGCAUGCAACCUCUACGGAAAGGUGAGUGUCUACGAGGACCACGGUGGCAUUGCCCUUGCGCAGGAGGAGGGAGAACAGAUCGCUCGUGCCCUGGGCAAGGACAACAUUGCCUGCAUCUUGCAGAACCACGGUCUCCUUACUGUGGGCCGCACUGUCGACGAGGCAGCGUUCCUCUACUCCAGUUUGGAUAAUGCCUGCCAGGCACAGUUGUUGGCUGAGGCUGCGGCUGCGAACGGUCUUCCAAAGCGGCUUAUUACGCAUGAGGUGGCGCAGUAUACUGCUAAUGUAGCACAGAACCAUCAUAACUUCUACACCGAGUUCCAGCCCGAGUAUGAGCUGAUUGUGGAGGAAACCAACGGACGUGUUCUGCAGUAGUGCUUGAUGCCAUUUCAAAAGUAAAUAUAGUCUGCAUUACUUUCACCCACUUCUCCAUCUUAAUCAAAACUCUAUACCAACCCUCAAUAUAUAGUAUGCACCUGCACCUGCACCU